AGGAAAGAAAGGCAUGGCAACUUCAGCUCUCGAUGCACAAGCUCGUUUCCUUUGUCCGGAUUACAGGGUAAUAUCUCUUAACCAAUUCAUGUGCUCUCUUUCCUCUUCAAUCUUGUCUUGAAGCUACUGAAAUUUCUAUUGUUUUGGUUAUUUCAACCGGGAUGUUUAUCAUUUGUGCUUUCUGAAAGAUGUUGCAUGCCUUUGUAAUUUUAUUCGUAACUCCUAAUGGGAGAUCCUUUGGUGAAUAGCUAUGGAGGUUUUUUUAUUUAUUAAAGAUUGUGUUCAUCAUUCCACAAGAACCCUUUUGGCCUCAGAGCCUGGUUAGUUAAAUGGAGUACAAUUUGAAUUCUCUGUAUGCUUUUGCGCAUUUGGAAUUGAUGAGGCUUUCAGUUUGCUUCUCUGGGAACGAAAUAAAUGCCCAUCGUACAUAAUUUUAUGCAAUUCAGAUAUGUCAAGUUGCUUGGGUCCAUACUCCAUAGUUGUUUCUUUUAGUAGUUAAAAGUAGCUAAUUUUCUUGGUAGAGUAUCAAGAGCCAACUAUCAUUCUAUUUAAAUGGAGAUCCUAUCUGAGUAUGAUGCCUGGUGUUUCUUUCACAUGCCAGAGUAUUUUCUGCCAAGGGCGAUGUGUAAACGGCAUUAUAUCAUGCCAGCUCCCUAAAGUAAAUGGUGUUUCUUUCAAUAUGGCAUGGACUUCUCAAAACCGUCAUCAGGCAAGGACAAACUUUAGAGAACCUUUUGUCAUUAAUGCGGUAUCAGCAGGGUUGGAAGAUACACAAACUUCUACUUCUCAAUUCCAUGAUUUUUCUGUGACUACCUGUCAAAGUGACAAAGCUAAUGAAUUGAAGAUAAGCAUAGAAGUAUCCGGGAAGAAAACCAAAGCAGUUUUUGAUGAUGUAUUUUCCAAAAUGGUUGCUGAUGCUCAGCCAAUUCCUGGUUUUCGUAGGGUCAAAGGAGGGAAAACACCAAAUAUACCCCAAAACAUUCUUUUGGAAAUUCUUGGAUACUCAAAAGUUUACAAGCAAGUCAUCACGAGAGUAAUAAACUCUACCAUCUCAGAAUAUGUGCAGAAGGAAGGCUUAUCAGUCCACAAAGAUUUGAGAGUGGAACAAAGUUUCGAAGAACUGGAAGAGAUUUUUGAACCUGGUGAUCAUUUCAAAUUUGACGCAAUCAUUGGAUGUCGAGAUUGAUAUUGGACGGUUAGAGGUGAUGGUUUUCUUCAUUUUUGCUAUGUCCAUUCUCAUUAGACAUGUAACGUCUAUCAGCUAGCGAAUCUCAAACAACUUUCCAGAUUUUUUGAUAGUUUAAGAAGAAGCCAAAUUUGCAAUCCAAUAAAUGAGAAUUCCGCAAGACUGGAUGACAAGCAUACGGGAACAUCCUUAGGGUCACUCCAACACUUCUUAUGAGGGAAUUGAUGACACGUACCCUCAGGCUUUGAAAUGUUAAACAACUUCUAAUUUAGGUUAGUUCUCAAGCAACGGGACAGUGGCGUUGCUAACACCUCUCACGACAAUCCCUUUUUAACCUGAGAAACUUCACGUGGUUCGAAGCUUCAAUCAGCUUCACAAUUGAGUUGCAUCGCCGUGGAUCAAUUCCAUUAACCAGAGGGAACUCGGAGAGUGAGAUACUUACCAGGACAGGGGGCAAUAAACAUCAGGAUCAAGAACUGGAACGCCAUGAAUUACGGCAUAAUUCAACCAUGUCCUGAGGUAAACCAGCUUGGCAUUUCUCUCGGUGAGAGUCCCAACUGAGGCGAAAUUUAUCUAGGUAUUUUGAGAUUCACGAGCCAUUAUAACAUUGUUGACGAAUUGCACAAAAUCCAUCUUUUCGUGGCCGCUUUCGGAUCUAUAAUCCGAUACAAAAUCAAUAGUGUUGGUAGCAGCCCAGAGAUUUUCCCAUCUUUUGGACAGAACGCUGGUUGUCACUACUUGCUUUGUUGGGAGAAAUGGAGGAUAUGGAAAAUGAUGGGAUCGGGUAAAUUGCUAAGGCUAUCAACGCGAUUCGGAUCGCUACAGCAUUUCUGGACAUUAGCCACUGAAGAAGAAGAAUCCAUGGUAGAAAUUCUCCUCAGCCCUAAAGUUGCUAAAAAGAAAGAAAUGAUCAAAUGAAAACGAAACCCCUUAUCUUGUAAAAAUAUUAUUUAUCAAAAGGAAAUCUGUAAAUAUACUAGUGGCAACUCCAUCAAGGAUAUCAAAUUUCAGGCUUCUGAGUAGACCAAAUAUCAAAUUUUCAUGUUAUGACCAGUGAAAAGAAUACGCAACAAUAUGCUUUUUUUACGGUGAAUAGAAUUUCC